GACUGACUAGUUGCGUCACUCGUCUAGAGAACGUUGAUCCUUGUGCGUGGCGGUGGAAGUGUAAUGUCAGUUUUCGUCGGCUUGUCAAAUAUUGAAGGGAGGGUGUGUUCGCCAUUUACCUGGACUAACAUUACUGCUUCUUGAAACUACUUUACUAAAGAAGAGGACAGAUACAGCUGUAAAUUAUUAUUUAUUGUGUUAACGCUGGCUACUAUUCUGGAGAAAGCAGAGUCCGGAUUAAAGGAUGCUAAGAAGGCUCUGAGUCGGGGCUCCAAGAUGAGUGUGACGUCAUGGUUCCUGGUCAGCAGCUCAGGCACAAGACACCGGUUGCCACCGGAGAUGAUCUUUGUGGGCCGGGAGGAGUGCGAGCUCAUGCUGCAGUCACGCAGUGUGGACAAGCAGMACGCUGUCGUCAACUACGACCCAGCCACAGACGAGCACAUGGUGAAGGACCUGGGCAGCCUGAACGGGACUUUUGUGAAUGAUCUGAGAAUCCCAGACCAGACUUACAUCACCCUGAAGCUCUCUGAUGUCAUCCGCUUUGGAUAUGAUUCUCAUGUGUACAUCCUGGAGAGGAGUCAACACAAGGUGCCAGAGGAGGCUCUCAAACAUGAGAAGUACACCAGCCAGCUGCAGAUGAGUAUGAAGGCCCUGGAGGCCAGGAAGAGGGAGAAGGAGAGGCAGCAUGCUGAGGAGAGAACCAGAGACUCAUUCCGCUCCAAACAGGAGAAAGCUGAGGGUAAAACUGCCCUCGCAGCAGUGGCCAGCGAGGCUCCAGUGUCCAGACCUACUCCUCUGUAUGGGCAGCCGUCGUGGUGGGGGGAGGAUGAUGCUGAACACGGUGAAGGACAGCGGCCAGACGAGGCCCCGGCAGAGAAUACUAAAGAGAGCUACAAACAGGAGGCCAACGGCUCCCUGUCAGACAGCCAGGCCAGGUCCAUCUACUCGCACCACAGGGAGCCCAGCUACUUUGAGAUCCCCACCAAGGAGUUCCAGCAGCGGGAGCUCCAGGAGGUUCCCACUAAGGACACUGACCCCCCUGCUGUCCCUGUUCUCCCCCCAGCCCCCACCCCCACACCCCCUGUGGUGCAGAGCCACGCCUCCUUCACCAUCGAGUUUGAUGACUGCAUGCCGGGCAAAAUCAAGAUCAAAGACCAUGUGACCAAGUUCUCCUUCCGCCAGCAACGCAAGCUCCUGAGUAAGGAGGCGGUCACCGCACCCACUGAGGUGAUGUCAGCAGAGAGCAAGGUGGCUGAUUGGCUGGACCAAAGCGACGUGCGCAUGRUGCAGAGGUGGUCUCGGACAGAGGACAUUUUCAGCACCAACAGUGACCUGCCCAUCUACAACAAUGCUUCCACAGGCCAUCACCAUGAGGAUGGGACUCGGGGCAACUCUGAGGAUUCUGUUGUGAACGGGAAGCAGGUUAUCCAGUCAAAGCCACCGAUGGGGCCUCACACGACUCUAUCAACCCAUCUGUGGCCCCCUAGACCCUUCACACCCCCUGACUCAGAGGAGCUUCUGUCCAGCUCCCCUCCAGAGACUCACUCCCCUCCUCAGAGCCAUGGCAAAGAAGACCCCCAGCAGGCCUUCGUCAUCGAGUUCUUUGAUGACAAUCCACGCAAGAAGCGUUCACAGACCUUCACCAACAACACAGUCCAGCCCGACAGCCCGGCCCUUAGGAACAAGCUGGAGAAGAAGUUGGGCCCCAGCACCCCCACCCAGCAGUAUACCAUACCCCUGAAGGGCCCAGGCCCUGGAGGCCCCCAGAGGGCCGGCUCCCUGAGGCGGGAGAAGAUGGAGGAUCGGAUCAAUACUAGCUUCUCUUCCCAAUCUUCCUCCAUACAGCCCAGGCCCUUUAGAAGUGUGGGCCGCAGGUCCAAACUGGCCCAGGACUUCACUGCUGAGUUCCUGAGGGAGUCUAGACAGGAGACUAGACCGAGCAUGAACACAACCUGGGAGAGGAAGACUUCACCUGUGUCUCCUACCAUCAGCCCACCACCAACAGAAAUGGCAGCAGUGCCCAACUCCCACCAUACCCCACCAAGCCCCCCUCAGCCCCCUGUCCCAUAUCUGACUCAGACCUCCACCGUCAACCAGCCUGUGCCCCUGAAAGCCCCUCUAAUAUCCCUGGUCAACCAUACCCUGGAGGCCGCAGGUACCCUGGAGGCCGCAGGUACCCUGGAGGCCGCAGGUACCCUGGAGGCCGCAGGUACCCUGGAGGCCGCAGGUACCCUGGAGGCCGCACGUACCCUGGAGGCCGCACGUACCCUGGAGGCCGCACGUACCCUGGAGGCCGCACGUACCCUGGAGGCCGCACGUACCCUGGAGGCCGCACGGAGCCUGGAGGCCACACAGAGCCUGGAGGUUGGAAGCCCCAGAAGCUUGGGGAAUGAGGAGGAUGAUGCCUUGAGUGAAGCAGGCACCUACACCAUCGAGACAGAGGUCCAGGAUGAAGAGGUGGUGGAGGCACGCAGCAAGAUAGACCAGGUGUUUGGGGUUGUUGAGGGGCCAGAGCAGCCCAGCCACACUGCAGCAGCAGCAUAUAAGCCUGUUAAGCCUCAGGACAGGGAUGAGCAUAGGGAGAGUAGCUCUGUGGAUCUAAGGCCAGCUCCAGGGCAGGGACAGAAUCAGCUGCAGGUGUCUGGUGGCUCUAAGUGGGUGUCUCGCUGGGCCAGCCUGGCAGACAGCUACACAGACUCUGGCCCCGCCUCAGGCCUCUUCGACAUCCCCUCACAGAUUGAGCUGUCAGGAGGAGUUGGUGGGAGGACCGGCUAUCAGGCGAUGCUCAGUCGCAACGUCAAAAGUGUGGAAUCAGAAGGCCAGAGUUCCAGAACACGGCGGAUUCUGCCUCAGGCACCGUUGGUGGAGACGAAUGAGACUCCAACUCCCAGCAUUCUAGUCCAUCAGGACACUUACUCUACCUAUGAUGUCAGAGAGAAGAGCUCCAGAGCCCUCUGUCCACAGGAGGGACUCCACAACCUGUCUGUACAGGACGACCUAGACCCAGACAGCCUGAGUGAUGUCAGUAAGUCAGACGACGGCUCCAUCGUAGAACAGAGGACGACGCCCACACCAGAUAUGACAGACAAGAGUUCAUCUCAGAGCAGAGAAGAGGAGAGGCCCAGACUCCCACCCAAGUCUACAUCAUUCUACAUCGACUCUGAGAAGCGGGGAUCCAGACCCAAUACGCCCAGGACUGAGAGAAAACUACCACCUCCUCCUAAUACACCACAGCUCUCCACAGCCACCCUGACCAAACAACGGGGUGGACAGGACUCACAGAAGACUGUGAAGCCCAACUCGUCAGCUCCCAAGCUGGACUACCAGGGUAGAGUCAGCCCUCAGCCCAAGGAGAUCUCAGUGUGUCUGGUCAGGCAGGAGAGCUUCACUAAGGACCAGCCAAGUGAUGCUGCACAGGUCACCAGACUCCCCCACAUCUCCAGCCAGCCUGCUCUGAAUGACCCAGACCCUGCUGAGGUGUUCCAGGGUAUCUGCAGCCAGGACACCCACUCCUACCUCAAGGAGACUGAGGACGCUCUGGCUGCCCUGGAGGCCAAGCUCCAGGCCCAGACUGAUGUAGUUCCUUGUCCCAUAGAUGACACUCUGUCUGGGGAGUCUGACAUGGACUCAGCUAGCACUGCCAGCCAGCGCAGCAACCAGACUGCCCCCAAGACCAGAUCUAAGAAGCCCUCUAUCACCUGUGGCCUUCAGAGGGAGAGGUCCUCUGCCAGCUCCUUCACCCAGAAGCCCAGUCGCCUGCCGUCAGCCCAUAAUCGCCUGUCAGAAAAGCAGCGGUCUCAGGGAGAAGAUAGCAGAGAUAGUAAGCCUGAACCAGGCAGGAGACUGGGGAUGAGACGCAGUGUGGGCAAACAUGGCUCCAUGGACCUUAGCGAUGACCCCCAGAGCUCCAGCUUACCCUACUGGCCUGAUACCAUUUCCUCAGACCAGGAAGGCUACCGGCCCACUGCACGCAAGAAGUACACCGCCSCCCUGCAGAAGGAGGAGUCUUCUAAGUCCUCAAAAGUGUCCCAGGCCCUGAGCCGCUCCAACAGCAUGUAUGCCCCAAGGCCUACUAGAGCCUCCAUGCUUCGUCGGGCUCGCCUGGGCGAGGCGUCCGACAACGAGGGCACAGAGACGGACAGGAUCUCCCAGGAGGCCAGUGGGACCACCAAGGCCUCCCAGGACAGUAAGAAGCAGCUCUCCAGGCUGGACAUGCUGGCUCUGCCCCGGAAGAGGACCAGCUCCUUCCACACUCCCAGUGAUACAGAGUCCUCCGCACCCAGGACCGGCUUCUCCAACCGCAGCACAGAGUCCAACAGCGGCUCUGGGCGUAAGGCCUCUGUCGCCGGACCCAGCUCUAAGCCUGUGCUUGGCAGGGCCUCUGGAGCUCCCUGCAAGCCCAUCACCCGCGGCCGCUCCAGCAGUGCCAAAUACACCAGCAGCACAGCCAGCUCCAGACAACGGCAGAAAGGCUCUGACUACACCUCCACCUCGGAGGAGGAGUAUGACUCUGGUAACCAGAUCACCCCUAAACACAAACGCUCCCAGACCCCCUCAGCCUCCCGCUCCCAGCCCCUCAUCCCCCCGCGCCCCAAACCCCGCUCAAGAGACUCGGACCAGGAGAGUCACGAGGGAGACGCCUACCAGAACUGGUCCUCCCACAGUGCUGAGAUAGCAAAACUGAGUCAGGACCUGGCUAAAGAUCUGGCCAUCCUGGCCAGGGAGAUCCAUGACGUGGCUGGUGAUACUGAUCCUCAGAGCUCUUCUGGAGUGGAGGCCAACACACCUGCCUCUACCAUGACCACCCAGGAUGAGUUGGUUCAUCCUAUUCCUGAGGCUGGUGUGAACUACCAGAGAGCUCCCCCUGGUUCACCUGCUGCCGGGGACCCCGACCAGACCAUGAUGAAUGAGCAGGAACACAACUCUAAGCACAGAGGAUGGAACCAGGAAGAGGUUGUUGUUGAUGACCUUAUGCUGAAUCCAGUGUCCCAGAUCUCUCUGGCUAUUCGAGAAAACACAGAGCAACUAGCUGAGAAAAUAAAGGUACUAUUCCACAACAAACAGGACGUUUGGGAGGAGAUUGAAGCAAAGAUCAAUGCUGAAAAUGACAUCCCUGUCCUGAAAGGCUCAAACAAGGAAAUCACAUCUAUUCUCAAAGAGCUCAGAAGAGUUCAGAGACAACUUGAAGUCAUCAACACCAUCAUUGAACCCAGUGGGAACCUUGAGCCAGCCAAAACCUCCACUCCUAUCUCCCCCUCCUCAGCCAGCGUAAGGCCAUCCAGGGCCCCUUCGAGAGACUGGAGAUCAUUAGGUUCCCAGCGGGGUGAGGGUGGGGUCUCCUCUUCCAGCUCCAGGUCCAGUGAGAGUGUCAGGAGAUCAGCUAUGGCCUCAGAGGCAGAGAGCUAUGUGGUCUGAGGUUCUGGAACACAGUGCCUCCUCUUCACUGCUGCGCCACAAUCCCAGGUGUUGAGAGAGUGGAUUUGAGAAGGGGAAAUGGGCACUGCAAGAGAGAACUGUGGCCCCACUGCACGAAGACACUACUGCACUGUGUGUACACUACUAGAGAACUGAAAUGCGUAUUUAACUGCCAUGGUGUGAGAAGGGGAUUGUACAAGACACACUAAAGCCAUGCAUUGGUUAGUUCAGCUGAGAGAAAACCCCUUUAAGGCAAGGCCAUUAUUGUGCCAUAUACAGUGCAUUCGGAAAGUAUUCAGGCCCCUUGACUUUUUCCACAUUUUGUUACGUUACAGCCUUAUU